UCGAUAGAUAUCUUCAAUGCAUACAUACGACAUCAUAGUAGUAGGUCUGGGAUGCGCCGGCGUCUCAGCAGCGACUACAUUGGCAAAAGCUGGGAAGAAAGUUCUUGCCCUCGAAGCCAUGGACAGGAUCGGUGGUCGAGUUCGGACUGUGCCCUUUGGUGAUGGCGUUGUUGAAGUUGGUGCUGAAUGGAUCCAUGGCACAGCUAACAGCAGCCCCUACAGAACUGCUAUGCAACACAACAUUGCAAUUAUACCCCAAGAUCCCACUUUCAAGGUGUAUCGAUCCGACGGGACAGAGACAGAUGAUGACUUAUUAUUGAAUGACCUGGUGAAUUUUUGUUUUGCAAUAGUUGGACAAAAACGUAUACAUUUUGAUGGUGGCAUGGGAGAAUUUAUCACAAACAGGUUACUGCUCUACGUAAAAGCAAAGUACCCUGAUUUGAUUAAAGACAAAGGUUUCCUACAAGAGUUUGUAGGGCUAAUGAACGCGUAUAUAAGCGUCCACGAGGCUUCAAAUGAUUGGAAUGAGGUCAAUGUUCACAGUGAGUACGAGGAUUUAAAAGGCCACCAACACAUGAGUUGGCAUAGAUAUGGGUACAAGACGAUGCUCGAGCUGAUGCUAAAUACAUACAACAACGGACCGGGCUUACCACACCUAGAUAUAAAAAUGAACACGGAGGUGUCGCAAAUAAUAUGGCCAAAAUAUGGCGCUGAUGUAAGAGUCGUUUGUGCAGAUGGCAGCACAUACACAUCCCGUCACGUUAUUGUUACGGUCUCUUUAGGGGUUUUGAAAGAACGAUAUAAUACAUUAUUCAAGCCGGGGUUGCCGCGGGAGAAAGUGGAUGCCAUAGAGAAGACAUCUAUAGGCACGGCUACCAAAAUAAUUUUCAAAUUUGACAAGGCAUGGUGGCAAGGACUGGAGACAUAUCACGGUUUCAUGUGGAAAGCUGAGGAUAUAGCAAAACUACCAAAAGAGGAUUAUUGGAUGACAAAGAUUUUUGGAGCGAGCAAGCCCAUGGGAUCCACAAAUACGUUAUCUUUGUGGGCUAGUGGGGAAGUGGGGAUAUUGUUAGAAAAAAUGCCAGAGGACAUUCUAAAGCGAAAAUGCAUGGAACUUUUGCGAAAAUUCAUGGGAAAAUGUUAUGAUAUACCGGAGCCAACUGGAAUGAUAAGAUCCACAUGGAACUUAAACCCCUUCACCCGUGGUAGUUAUUCCUAUGACAAUCGUCUGACACAAAACGCGAAUAAUCGAAGAUUGCUUGCCCAGCCUUUACUAGAUACAGUCGGAGUUCCCCGCGUUUUGUUCGCUGGAGAGGCCACAGAUUCUCAUCACUUCUCAACCGUGCACGGCGCUGUCGAUUCAGGGCACAGGGAAGCUAUGAGACUUAUAAACAAUAGUAAAUUGUAAUAGUAAGAAAUAUGUAUUAAAGAGUUUUUAUUUAAAUAAUACAAGAGUCCGAGUUAGCCCCAAGUUAGCCAUGGUUUCGAAUCGGGUUUGAAUGUGUUAGGGUUUCUAAAAUUGUAUAAUGAAUACGUUGCUAUAUUUAAUAAUUAAUAUUUAUAUUUAUCGUUAGUUUAUAUUGAAAUAGUUUAUAUAUACUUAUUGCAUUUAAUAAUUAGAAUAUAAGUAACACUUCUAUUGUAUGCCUUACAAUCCUCAAUAUUCCUGCGGAGACGUUAGCCAAUCAUAGAAACGGCUUGGUCUGUGAUACUUUAUACAACUAUAUCCGGUGUUUUUUACAAUAAAUAUAAGUUUG